AUGUUUGUGAAGGGGAUGCAUGCCUCUUUGCUAACAAUAGCCCUGAACGGUGUCGGCCCCUUCACCUGGAUUCCCCUGGCCAACGUCUACGGCCGUAGCUUCGUCUACCUGGUCACCACGCUCAUCGGCUUUACCACCGCCCUGGGCAGCGGCUUCACCCAGACGUAUCCCGUCCUGAUCGGCGUCCGCGCCGUCAACGGUCUCUUCCUCGUGUCCAUGGCCCUAGGCCCGGCCACCGUGACAGACCUGUUCUUCUACCACCAGCGCGGCCGCGCCCUCGGCCUAUUCACCGUCAUGCUGACCUCGGGCUCCCACUUCGCCGCCCUGUUCGGUGGGCCCGUUGCAAAGUUCCUCGGCUGGCGCUGGAUCUUCUGGAUCACCGGGGCCAUGAACUUCUGCACCCUGGCCCUCCUGGUCGUCGCCCUGCCCGAGACCAUGUACUACAAGCCCCGGACUACCGGCAGCUGCUGCGGCCCUGGGACCACCUUCCCCGGCGUCCGUAUUAAGGCCAAGCACAUCAUCACCCCGGCCUUCCGCAUGGCCCGCUAUCCGUCCGUCCUUCUACCUAGCCUGUACUACGCCACGCAGUACUGCUUUUCGGCCAUUUUUCCGGCCGUCACCUACUCCAUCGUCUUCGAAACGCGCUUCAGCUGGGACGCCUUCCAGAGUGGCAUGGCGUACGGGGGCACCGUGACUAUCGCCAGUAUUGCCGGCGAGUUCGCCGCAGGCAGGAUCAUCGACAAAAUUGUUCAGCGUGAGGCCAAGCGGCUUGGCGUGGACAGCCCGCCGUCAGAGGUGCGGCUCAAAGGUUUGUGGUCGGGGGCGGCGCUGGUGCCCGUGGGCCUGCUCAUCUUCGGUUUUACCAUAGAAUACGAGACGCACUGGGUGGGCCCGCUGGUGGGCUUUUUCAUAGGAAUAUUCGGAAUCCAGAUCGUGGCGACCGUGUGUUACACGUACAGCAUUGACUCGUACCGCGUGGAGGGCUCCGAGGUCUCUCAAUUCAUUAACUUCUGCCGCCAGACCACCAGCUUCACCGUCGCCUUCUACGCCGUCGACCUGUGCGAAGCCAUCGGGUUCCAGUUCACCUUCCUUAUGUUCGCGCUCGUCGGCACCAUCCUGGUCUUACCGUCUAUAGUGUGGCUCGUGUGGAAGGGAGGCUCCAUCCGCGAGAGGCUAGGCAGGCCGGUCAAUGUCAGCGUUGCCCAGGAGAUUGGCUUGGAUUACGAUCUGGCCAAUCGCAACCGGACCCAUGAGUAG